AUGACUUACGGCGCCAAAAUCGAAUCCGACGUCAACGCAAUGGAUGCUUCCACCGCAGCUCGAAUCAAACAGUUCGUCAAGUUGCGCCGUCGAGCGAAAAAGACUGUACAAGGCGUUCUUGCCGAGUUCAACACCUUGGGCGAUCUGUCGGUUGCUGAACCGCCAUCCAACACAACCAAUCACCGCACAACUGUACUGAAAACUCGUGCUGUCCGUGACCUCGUGAGGACAUUCAUCCGUGACCGCUCUGUAACCCGUACCCGGACGGUCGGGAAGGACGUGUUAGCCCUGCUCCAAGAACACAAUGUCGUGUCGGUCGAUGUCAGCUGCAAGAAGAGCUAUGGGUCCUGCCUUCGCGCAGUGCAGUCAUACCUGGCCAAGCAAGGAUAUGCGAGGGGGAAGCGUGUGGGUGCCACCGAGUAUCGCAAUGAGCAAGGCGCAUGA